CCCAAAACCUUUUUGAAGCGCAAGGCUCAAGUCCAACACGACCCCACCACCAAAGUCAAGAUGCCGUCUACACACAACGUUGACAAACCUUGGGAUACCGAGGAUAUCGAUAAAUGGAAGGUGAGCUCCAUAUCACCCAAUCAUUGAAAUGCAUGGAAUCUAACAGUUAGCGUAGAUUGAACCUUUCACGCCAGCCGACAAUGCAGGCGGAACAUUCACAGAAGAAUCCUCCUUCGCGACCCUCUUCCCCAAAUAUCGCGAAGUCUACCUGCGCGAAGCAUGGCCCCUGAUUACGCGAUCCCUCGAGAAGUUUGGCAUAGCUUGUACGCUCGAUUUGGUUGAAGGUUCCAUGACUGUCAAGACCACCCGAAAAACAUACGACCCGGCUGCGAUUCUGAAUGCGCGGGACUUAAUCAAGCUUCUCGCAAGAAGUGUACCAGCUCCGCAAGCUGUCAAGAUUCUUGAUGACGGUGUAGCAUGCGAUGUCAUCAAAAUUCGCAAUUUAGUACGAAACAAAGAGCGCUUCGUCAAGAGGCGACAGAGGAUAUUGGGACCCAAUAGCAGCACCCUGAAAGCAUUGGAGCUUCUCACUGAAUGCUAUUUGUUGGUCCAAGGAAACACAGUCGCAGCGAUGGGACCAUAUAAAGGCUUGAAAGAAGUAAGGAGGAUUAUCGAGGACUGCAUGGCAAACAUCCACCCUAUCUACCACAUCAAGGAGCUCAUGAUCAAGCGGGAGUUGGCGAAGGACCCCGAACUAGCGGGCGAAAGUUGGGAUAGAUUUUUACCACAUUUCAAGAAGAGGAAUUUGGCCAAGAGACGCGUGCCUUUCAAGGUCGUGGAUAAGAGUAAAAAGACAUACACGCCAUUCCCGCCAGCACAGGAGAAGAGCAAGGUCGAUCUGCAAAUUGAGAGUGGAGAAUACUUUCUGGGCAAGCAAGCGAGGGAAAGGGCUAUUAAGGAAGAGCGAAUGGAGAAACAAAAGGAGAAAAAGAAUGAGAAAUUGAAGGAAAGAGAACAAGAAUUUGUUGCGCCUAAAGAGGACAAGAAGAAGCGCAAGCGCGAUGAGGGUGAGGGCGAGGGCGAGGAGGAGGAAGCGAAAAAGGAGAAGAAAAAGAAGAAGAAGGCCAAGGUGGUCGAAGCUGAAGAGGCAUGAACGUGUGUUUAGAAUUCAUGGCAUUUGGCGCUGGCG